AUCUAUGGAUUUUUAAGUACCCUCACAGACCACUAGUGGUCCGCGGACCACAGUUUGGGAAUCGCUGAUCUACAACGCAGAGCAUUAGAGCGAGAGACGAAGGAGUCACGGACGACGAGGACGAGACGUUGUAGCGAUGAGAAUGCGCCGGUGUGUCGUGACCGCAGUCACGCUGAGUCUGCUGCUGUUUCUCAGCUCACUGUGGCUGCCUCAAGCAACAGUUCAGAGUUGUAAGCAGUCGUGGCGGCCUUGUCUGAGUGUGAACAGAGAGGUGGUUCAGGCUGCUGUUACUGAUGAUGCGCUCGGAGGAAAUGACAUCAUCACAGAGUGUGCUGGACAGCAGUUCCAAGUGUCCCGCCUCCUCCAGCAUCUAAACUCCGCCCUCGGCCCCGCCUCCGACGUGCUGCUGGAACCGUACCUGCUCUGCUGGGAGGAGCUGAUCAAGUUCAUGGAGUCUCUGGGCCCUCUGGUGGGCUUCUUCACUCAUAAAGUUGAGGAGAAGAUCACACUCAUACGACAGCUCUCGCUGGAAGACUCUAAAAUCGCUACGACUGAUGAUGCUCAGCGUGUAGCUCCGCCCCCUCACCGUAGCCACGCCUACUAUUCGGUGCGUUCCAUGCUGGAGGCGGAGCUACAGAGGGGCUUGGUCUCCUUCGACAGUCAAACGCCUUCCGGGAGUCGGACUUUGCUCCGCCUCCAUCGCUCGUUGCUGUGGUUACAGCUUCUGCUGGACAAGCUAGUGACGGAGCGCGAGGGGCGUAGCAUGGGCGAACUAUGUCGCGACGCGUACCUGGAGGUUUUAGCGCCGCAUCAUCCAUGGCUUGUGCAGCGCGCGGCCGAGUUGGUGUUUCAUGCGAUGCCCGACCGCAAAGUUUUCCUGCAGCUGGUGUGUGUGCAAACGCAGGAAGAGGCGGAGCCUGUGAUCCACGUCGUCGUCGCAGCGAUCCAAGAAAUUCACCAACGGACACAGAGAGAGCUUGAGAUGAGAAACAUGCUGGACUUGCCUUAGCACACAUACAAACACUCACACACAACAGAGAUAUAUGGAUCUUAAAGGCCAACUGAAAUCCAAUUUUUUAGCUUUUAGUAUGAAUAUGUUAGCCUUAAGGUUAUGAAUCAGCUGGUGUGUUCCUAAACAAUGACAAAAUUCACAUUUAGGCAAUAUAAGCUUUCAAAACUUAUAGUCCCCCCAGACAGCAAACUGACAUUGAAUCAACGUGGAAACGACGUCUCUCAUGACAUUGAAACAACGUUGAUUUUG